AUGAAUCCUGAAUUAGUAUCAGAAUGGCUUGCAGAAUUAGGAAAGCUUCUAAAAAGACAUCCAUCCGAUUUUGUUGCUCUACAUUGUCAAGAAGUUGGUGGAAAAAACUAUGAACAGUUUAUGCACGUUCUUGAUCCAUUUCUAAAAGAAAUGCUUCGAUUACCAGAAAUUAGUCAAGAAUAUACACGUUGUCGACUCUAUUUUGAUUCUGAUUAUACAUCACAAGAUACUUUUACAGCAUUAGGAUGUGCUUAUUUUAUUCGACAAAAUAUUCCUGUUCAACAAUGGAACUUUCAAACUUCCUGUUUUCAAGCAGUUGUAAAUCGUCAGAUUUUUGCCGGUAAUCUCAUACAGGCUCAAUCACUACGUAAAGAAAAAUUUCCAAGAGAAUUUUUUCCUGAAGCAAAAUGGUCUCGGAAAGGAUUUACACAAACAAGAUGGUCUAUUAAUGGCUGUGUACUCGACAUGGUCAACGUUCAUUUAUUUCAUGACACUUCAAAUUUACUUGCAGCUGAACAGAGUCCAUCUGUAUAUAGUACAUUUCGAAAAACGGCUCUUCAAUAUACACUACAAAGGCUACCAUUUGAUAAGGCUAAUCCACAAGUACCAUUCGCAAUAUUUGGUGAUUUUAACUUUCGUCUUGAUUGUCAUCGUUUCCUUGAACAAAUGGCAGAACAACCAAAUGAUUCAAUUGAUAAAAUUCGACAACCAGAUAGUGAUGAAAUCACGAGGAUAAUUAUUCGAAAUGCUCAAAAUAAACCAAAACUUACGAUUGAAAAGAAAGGAUUUAAUUUACAUGAUAAUCAUGAUACAUUUUUUCAGACAAAUACCCAUUUGUAUAAAACGCUUGAUUUUGAACUAUCAUCAUUUCAAGAUCAUUUAUUUGAAUUUGAAAAAACAUUUCCACCAAGUUAUCCGUUUAGUGAAGAAAAUAAUGAGGCACGCUGCUAUUUAAAAGCACGUUGUCCAUCUUGGUGCGAUAGAAUUUUACUCAGUCAUUCAUUGAGAAGUUAUGUGAAUUUAGAGGCAAAUAGACCUGUUUAUAAUGUAAUUGGUGAAGAUGUAUGUAUGGGCGAUCAUAAGCCUGUGUAUUUGGCAUUAACAGUACGAUUGGUUCAAGGUAGUUGCUCGAAUGAAGAUGCACCAUCGUUAUCAUCAUCGUUGUUGUUACCAUCUAACUGCUAUUGGUCUGCUGACUUGACGUUUGACAAAAGCCUAAAUAAUAAUAAUAAUAAUAAUGACCAUCAUCUUUCUAAUACACAGUUAUCAUCUUCAUUUUCCGCCACUGUUGAUGACACUUUUUCUAGUAUAACUAAUAUUUCAUCUGCUUCUAUAGACACUAAUGAUAAUAAUAAUAAUAAUAAUAAUAAUAAUAAUAAUAACAUGUAUUUAAAUAAUGUUCAAAUAUGCUCACUCUUUCCUAAUGAACAGACAAAUUUAGAUGAAUCAAAAAAUGAUAUUUGUAUAAAUGUACAUAAAACAUACAAUAUUCAUGAUUUUGCCUAUUUUGCUCAACCGUAUGUAUUACCAAGUUGGUCAUCAACAUUAAAAACAAAACCUAGUCAAAAACUACCAUUAUCAAAUAGUCAUGUAUUAUGGACAAAAGUACGUGCUGUUACAUAUUUUACCGGUCUUAAACAUAGAUGUGGUUCCUGGUAUUCAGAAGAUGGAACAGAAAUGACAACAGUGGACGAUAUAAUUAAGACGGAAGAAGAUGAUGAUAAAAUGAUGUUAUCAAAAUCAAAAACGUAUUCAAUAACAACAACUCAAGUUGAUUUAAUCAACUAUAAGACGGAUAUUGUUGUACCAUUUCGUCGUUCUUACAGUUCGAAUGUGUUUGUAGAUCAUCAAGAUAGUAAUGAACAAAAAUUAUUAAGAAGAUAUUCAAUAGAUUCUGGUUUAAUUGAUCGACUAAUUACAAGUCAAAAUGGCGAAGACAAUAUUGACGUUGUUCCAUCUUCUAUAGUGACUACUCAUCUAUCAGAUGCAUCAUUAUCUCAGUUAGAUGUAAAUAGUAGCAUGAAGCAUGAGAAUAAUAUAUCGACUACGCCACAGAUAUUGAUUGUUCGAGAUGCUCAAAAUCGAUCAACAACAACAACAACAACAAAGCAGCAACGAUCAGUUACAAGUGAUAAAUUGAUACGUUCAUUAGGAUCAGAGAAUGUUAAAUUUGAAAAUAAGAAUAAUAAAAUGACAAAAAACGCAGCCAUUAUCCCAUUGGUUGCAUCAAAAAUAACAACAACAGUAAAUCCUCAUUCUGAUAAUAUAUAUGUUAAUAGAAAAAAAUAUGAUAAUUCUUAUUUGAAUGAUAAGCCACAACAACAUACAAAACGAACGAUUAUUUCAAAACAUUUAUUUCGUGUUAAUGAAUCUAAAACGUUUCAAAAAUGGAUACGUGAAACACCGGUGUGA